AUGUCUACCCCAUCCCUCCAUCUAGCCGGAAGCGGUACCGUCACUAGGACUCCAGUGAACUUGGGCCAAUCUGAUUCAGCAGAUUAUCUGGGCCUGAGGCGCGACAAUAGGCAGCUGAAAGCACAAUUAUCACGGGUUUUCGACUUUCUGGGCAAAAACUAUCCUGAAGCUCUUGAUCGUUUCACACUGGGGACUGAGUUUAUCUUACCGUUGAAGAUCCAUGCAGCUCCCUUGUCGUCUUUCGGUGUUUGUAACGGAAACACGCCAGCUUCAGCUCUUCCUCAGGCUACGCAUGCUCCGUCCUUGCCCCUAGUCGACCCCACAGCCUCAUCUAACUCCGGAGCAUCCAACAUCGGACCUAACGCACCCAUUGUUCGUGUAGUCUCAGAUGAUGCUCGCGCAGCCAGCGACUACCAGCAUGGCCCUCGAGUGAACCAUUCUCGGCAUCGCGAGGUCUCGAACUCCCUUCCCCUUCAAGAACACUCUGAACUCACCUGCGCCCCCGCUCCGAACGAUAACACUCUCAGUGCUGAGACGGUACCUGUCGCCUUGGAUCUUGAACACGAUCAGCCUCGAGCAUCUCAGCCCGAUUCUCCGUCCUCGCCACUUUUUGUCGACUCAGCGCUUGUGCCAGCCUACUCGCCCGAUCUCGAAAGUGAAACGGAGGAUGGGAACGACAUCGCGAUGUCUUCGAAAACACCUGGCGGUAUGAUUGCGCAGUCUAGUAUCCUCAAGAAACGUGGUCGGGAUGCGACGGAGGAACAAACUGGAGAUGAAGGGAUUCCGGCGGCAGGAGGGCUUGUGGCGGACAAGAAAAAUGUGGUUUCACCUAACAAGAGAGCGAAGAUGACGUCCGAUGCUUGA